AUGUCAGGCCCCAUUGUGAACUUCCCUUUCUUCUCGUGCUGCCCAGGAACCUGUGAGAAUGAUGGCACCUGGAUUCAGGACCACUGCCUCUGCCGCCCGGGGUUCUCUGGGGACCGCUGUGAGCGACAGGACAGCGUGUGCGAGAAUGAGGGUCAAUGGGAUGGCCUCAAGUGUGUUUGCCCCAGCACCUUCUAUGGCACCCACUGUGAGUUUGCAGUAGAACAGAUGGAUUUUGCCAACUGCACGUCAGACGUGGAAGGCGCCAUCAACUGUAACCAGGGCCAGUGCUUUGUGCAGAAGACUGGUCCUGAGUGCCGCUGCUUCUCCACGGACACGCUCUGGUUCUUGGGCCCACGCUGCGAGGUGGCCGUCCAGUGGAGGGCGCUGGUCGGGGGCCUGGCCGGGGCCGGGGCGCUGCUGCUGCUGCUGCUCCUGGCGCUGACAUUCUUCGUCAGGCGCUGGAGGAGGAGCGGCCGAGGCGGAGCCCGGUCCUGGGACUAUGACAAGAAAUGGUUUGAGAUUUGGGAUGAGGACACCGCAGGGACUUUUUCCAACUCGGGCUUCCAGGAUGACCAACCUUUCAAGGAUGAAAAUUUCCAGGUGGCCUUGGAGAUGGUGAACACCAAUGUGAGGGUGAGAGGGCAAAGGGGGGAUG